UUGUUAAUGCCAAGAAAGCGUCUCUGAAACAUAAAGUGGGGACAUGGCGGUGUAUUUUGACCACCGUAUUGCGGCCCCUGAAAACAGUGACGUGCCCUCUCACCUCACAUGGCACUCGACUUUUCCGGUACUGGCUGUGGCCUCAAGCAGCCCUUCUUGCGGAGGCAGUGUAGACCUCUACCUACAACAGGGAGAGCAUGUUGAGAGCUGCCAUGUAGAACGACCCUACCAGCCCACUGUGCUUCGUUGGCAUCCCUUAAAGCCAGUUCUGGCUCUGGGAUGGGAGAAUGGAGAGGUAGUGUUGCUGAUACAGACCUCUGGAGAUCAAAUAGUCUUGCCCAGUUCUCACACAGCCUGCAUCACACUGUUGGAGUGGAGUACGUCAGGCAGCCGUUUAGUAACUGGUGACCAGACCGGCGCUUUAGCAGUAUGGAAGUUCGAUGCCAGAGGGAGACCUAUGGGAAAUCCUCUAGUUAGGCAUGAAUACAACAAACCUUUAACUUGUUGCAUCUUCAGACCUGCCUCUCCUGGAGAUGAUGUGGCAAAGUUAGCUCGGGCUUCUGUGAGUGGAGAUGAGAGCGCGCUGGACAUGUUCAGUUGGAAGGGAGCACCUCUAAAGAUGGGCCCUCAGGAGGGACUUGCAUUCUAUGUCAGCACUGCCGACGGAAAGGUCCAUGUUGUUGAUGAGCAUUGUAAGACGAGCACACUUCUUAUUGUGGAGGGCUCCAUCAAGAAACUUUUCUAUUUUGAAAAAAGGGAGAUGUUCGCUGUGAUCACAGAGACCCUUAUGUUGUCACAAUACAAGCUGAGGCCUGAGGGUGGAGCACAGGAAUUUAUGAAGGUGAAGUUGAGCAGCAAGGCUGGACAAAACACUGACAUUAUUUGGACAGAGAACAGCCUCCUUAUAACGGCAACAGGGGAACAAAUAGUCAGGCUGUCGGACCUGGAGAGAGAUGACAAUUAUGUUUUAUCUCUCGACGAGACAUUGGGGUUUGAGAAAGGAGAAAUUAUAAAUUGUGUUUCAUACUGUGCAGCAAAAGAAAUCCUGGCGGCCGGUACUUCCAAUGGGCGCAUAGCAAUGUGGAAGAUGGUGAUGCAGCCAAGCAGCAGAAGAUUAGACACCAAGGUCCUGUGGAAAUUACAAACACCCACAGAAAUAGAUGGAAAUGUCACUCAGCUACAGUGGGGCUCCAGCCAGAAUCUGCUGGCAGCAAACAAUUCAAAGACGGUGCUGAUUCUCUGCGAGCACAGCAUGUCAGCCCACUACAGCCAACAGGUGGCAGCAGUGCAGCUCACCCCGACACAGCUCAGCAUCACUCAUUUCACCACAGGAGUGCACCUUGCUCUGCAGUCUGACAUGCACAUCAAAGGAGUGUGUGUUAGCAAGGACUCUGUGACCAUCUGGAAUGGUAAACAAGUCAACGUAUAUGAGCUCUCAGAGACAGUUUUACGCAGCACAGGAUCAUUUUCUUGUGAUUCCCAGGUGGUAGCUGUACAUGAUGAGAACCUCUACACCGUGGAACCAAACAGGGUACAAAUCCGAACGCCACAGGGCACAGUAAAGCAACUUUUAACUUUCUCCAAGGCAGAGGGAAACCCUGUGCUACUCAAUGUGUGCCAGUCUUACCUGGUGGUAGGUACAGACACAGCACACAUCAGAGUUUUUGACCUCUCUAGAAGGGAUGCCAAAGCUCACUGCAGUGCUAAAAACUUGGCAGACCAGAUUGCCAAUAUGGGUGCUCUGAAGUCUGUCAAAUGCAAUGCCAGUGGUAGCCAAGUUAGCAUCCUGAUCUCUCAGGUAAAUGGACGACCGGAUCACAAAGUGUACUUUUACGAUGUUGAGAUGGACACUGUUACUCACUUUGACUUCUUCACUGGGAGGCCAUCCAGUGGUGUCUUUCAGCCCGAAGAAAGUUAUAAGCAGAAGUUUCAGGAGACUGAAUUCAGGGAACGCUGUCCUGUGUCUCACUACUGGGACGAAAGCGAACCUCGCCUUUUUGUUUGUGAGACGGUGCCAAUCAGCUCUGAAACCUCAUCAAGGAAUCACUUAGAUGUGGUGGAUGUAUCAGUAGUGACACUCUUCUGUACACAAGACCAUGGACUCCUCCUACAAGACUGUUUCCCAAAACCUUCUAGCCUGCAGGCCCUACUCGCUCUGGACGUGCCCUACUAUUAUUUUAGCUGUAAGCUACUGUUUCGGAAAGAUGAUAUCUUCCGACCGGAACCAGGUGAAGGGGACCCAGGCCCAACAAAGGCUUCAUCACCUUCACAUCCGAUUCAGUCAACAACAGAUGCUGCUGCCCAGUUCUCCCGUAUGGUUUCCAGGCGAUCUCUUAGAGACUUUGUCGAGCUGGAAAACUGUGACAAGGCCACUCGUGAUGCCAUGCUGAACUUCAGCUUCUACCUGACUAUUGGCGACAUGGAUGAAGCCUAUAAGUCUAUCAAGCACAUCAAGAGUAAAGCAGUAUGGGAAAACAUGGCACGGAUGUGUGUGAAAUACCGCUGGCUGGACGUAGCACGAGUGUGCCUGGGGAAUAUGGGGAAUGCCAGAGCAGCAAAAGCGGUAAAGGAGGCGGAGGCCGAGCCUGAACCUGAAGCCCGAGUGGCGGUGUUAGCCGUUCAGCUCAACAUGCUAGAAGAUGCAGAAAAGUUGUACAAGAGCUGUCAACGCUAUGACCUGCUGAACAAUUUCUACCAGGCCUCUGGCCAGUGGCAGCAAGCUUUGCAGAUGGCUGAAACUCACGAUCGUAUCCAUCUGCGCACGACUUACUACAAUUACGCCCGACACCUGGAGUCCAUGGGCGACAAGAUACUGGCACUUACUUAUUAUGAGAAAUCAGACACACACAGGGUUGAAGUGCCCAGAAUGCUUCAGGAUGACACAUCGUCUUUAGAAGUUUAUGUCAACAAAAUGAAAGAUAAGAACAUCUAUAAGUGGUGGGCCCAGUACCUGGAGAGCCAGUCGGACAUGGAGACGGCGCUGCAGUUCUAUGAGCGUGCUCAGGAUUACCUCUCUCUGGUCCGAGUCCACUGCUACAUGGGGAAAAUUCAAGAGGCCUCUCAGAUAGCCAAUAAAACAGGUGACAGAGCAGCUUCGUACCACCUAGCCAGACAUUAUGAGGGUCAUGAUGAUAUCAAGCAAGCAGUUCACUUCUACACACGAGCCCAGGCCUACAACAACGCUAUACGGCUCUGCAAGGAAAACGGUCUGGAUGACCAGCUGAUGAACCUGGCUCUGCUCAGUAACCCAGAGGACAUGAUGGAAGCUGCCUGUUACUACGAGGAGAAAGGCACGCACAUGGACCGAGCUGUCGCACUUUAUCACAAGGCUGGUUAUGUCUCCAAAGCUCUGGAGCUGGCCUUCGCCACUGAACAGUUCUCUGCUCUUCAACUCAUCGCAGAGGAUCUGAAUGAAAACUGUGACCCUGCACUCCUCUCUCGCUGCUCUGAGUUCUUCAUCAAACAUUCCCAGUAUGAAAAAGCAGUGGAGUUACUGGUUGCAGCCAAGAAGUACUUUCAGGCUCUGGAGCUGUGUUUGAUCCAAAACCUGACGAUCACUGAGGAUCUGGCUGAGAGCCUGACGGUAACUGACUCGAAGGACCUGCCUGAGGAGGCCCGCAAGGAACUGCUGGAGAAGAUCGCUGACUGCUGCAUGCGUCAGGGCAACUACCACCUGGCAACAAAGAAAUACGCACAGGCUGGCAACAAACUCAAGGCGAUGAGGGCACUCCUGAAGUCCGGCGACACGGAGAAGAUCGUUUUCUUUGCCAACGUUUCCCGCCAGAAAGAACUUUUCAUCAUGGCUGCCAAUUAUCUCCAGUCUCUAGACUGGCGUAAAAACCCGGAGAUCCUUAAGACAAUAAUUAGUUUCUACACUAAAGGCAAAGCUCCAGAGCUGCUCGCUGGCUUUUAUGAAGUUUGUGCACAGGUGGAAAUAGAUGAAUACCAAGAUUAUGAAAAGGCUCUCGAUGCUCUCAUGGAGGCUUUUAAGUGUCUGUCCAAAGCAAAGGACACUUCAGGUGGACAACGGGAAGUGAGACUAGCUGACCUUCAGCAUAAAAUCAGCCUAAUCAAGAAGUUUGUCCACAUACGCAGGUUGUAUUCAGAGAAUGCGGAUGAGGCGGUGCAGUUAUGUGAAGCUCUCCUGGAGGAACCAGAGAUGGAUCCUGCUGUCAGGAUUGGAGAUGCAUUUGGUUUUAUUGUGGAGCACCACUGUCAUCAAGGGAACUUCCAAAUGGCCUAUCAAAAGUUGGAGGAGCUCCAGAAGCUGCUGCCGUCGCAGAACGUGAGAUAUUACAUCAGCCAGCCCAGCCUGGACGCCCUGCACAAAGAGCUGGGUGUAGCUCUGGCUCAGGGCGAGCACAGACGCAGCCUGAAGGAGGACGACGAAGUGGAGGAGGAAUUAAAUAUGUCUUAACUUCAUCAGUUUUUUAGCUAUAUAGAAAGUCUUUUAUCAGAGCGACAAAAAAAAAAAAAGUUCAGCGCGUUUUGUAUUAAAUAGUGGCAUUUAUAAA